CGUUUACGAUAUCAGUUUUCUACUCGUAGUCAACAGGAACAAAUCAACAUGUCUGGACGUGGUAAAGGAGGAAAGGGACUCGGAAAGGGAGGCGCUAAGCGUCAUCGCAAGGUUUUGCGUGAUAACAUCCAGGGAAUCACCAAGCCAGCCAUCCGUCGUCUUGCCCGUCGUGGUGGUGUCAAGCGUAUCAGCGGUCUCAUCUACGAAGAGACCCGUGGAGUCCUCAAGGUCUUCCUUGAGAACGUCAUCCGUGAUGCCGUCACCUAUUGCGAGCACGCCAAGAGAAAGACCGUCACCGCCAUGGACGUCGUCUACGCUCUGAAGCGUCAAGGACGUACCCUGUACGGAUUCGGAGGAUAAGAAGUUGCUCUCACUUCUUGCUUCAUUGCAACAAAGGCUCUUUUCAGAGCCACCAAAUAUUCAAGAAAGAUCCAAAACGAUAUGCUCUUUCCUUGUCUGGGCUUAGCCUUCACUCUGAACUUUUCAUUAACUUAAUUAGUUUUGUCGAAGUUUUUAAAACCAAAUCAGACAUGUCAAAAUACGCAUUGGAAAUUAAAAUAAUGUCGAUGUCGUAUACGUACGAUCGCCGAAAACUUUUUUUUUCUUUCUGCGGCACAAGAGUGGGGCUUGAAAAAAAAAAGAGGUCUUGAUUUAACCCUUGGGCCCUAACACUAACUUAACCAGCCAUAGGCUCAACAC